CAUUCCAUCCCCGUCCCCGUGAUCGAGCACACAGCUCCAAUCCCCAAGUCUAACCCCAUGGCUGGCUACCCCCCACCCCCCGGCUCUGGCUACCCCUACGGCGCCGCUGGCGGCUACGGAGCCCCACCGCCCUCCGGCCAGAAGCCCCCCAAAGAAGGCAAGACCUCUUCCUCCUCCGGCCCCGACCCCUACCACGGCGCUCCGCCCCCGCAGCACGGCGCUCCGCCCCCGCAGCAGCCUUACGGCGGGGGCGGCGGAGGCGGCUACGGGCAGCAGCCCUACGGCGCCCAGCCGCCUUCGUCCGCUGCGCCGUACGGAGGCCCACCCGCCGCGCAGCCCUACGCAGGAGGCGGCAGCGGUGGGUACGGGAGCCCGUUCGCGGCGCUGGUGCCGUCGACCUUCCCGCCGGGGACGGACCCGAACGUGGUGGCGUGCUUCCAGGCGGCGGACCGCGACGGCAGCGGGAUGAUCGACGACAAGGAGCUGCAGUCCGCGCUCUCUGGGUUCAGCAGCCAGAGCUUCAGCCUCCGCACCGUCCACCUCCUCAUGUACCUCUUCACCAACACCAACGUCCGCAAGAUCGGGCCAAAGGAGUUCACUUCUGUGUUUUACAGUCUUCAGAAUUGGAGGGGCAUAUUUGAGAGGUUUGACCGUGACCGAAGUGGUAGAAUUGAUGCACCAGAACUGCGUGAUGCUCUUCUAGAUCUUGGAUAUUCCGUUUCUCCAACUGUGCUAGACUUGCUUGUGUCUAAAUUUGACAAGACUGGGGGCAAGAACAAAGCGGUUGAAUAUGACAACUUCAUUGAAUGCUGUCUCACAGUGAAGGGCCUGACCGAGAAGUUCAAGGAGAAGGACACGGCGUACUCGGGGUAUGCAACUUUCGGUUACGAGGCGUUCAUGCUGACCGUGCUCCCUUUCCUCAUCGCAUGAUGGCGCUGCAGUGCUUCAGGGCUGAGCGUAUGUAUCGUCCCAGCUGUAUCGAAACUGUUGCUAGAGUUGUUUCGCCACUAGCUCUGUUACCGGCUGUAUAAUACUGUUGUUAUUAGUACUGCCUUGCUGACCAGACAAGUCUUUUGGAGGAUUCGAACAAGUUAUGUAUGGUAUACUACUCUAGUAGAGCUUAUCUGCUCAUCGAUGCAUCGGAACUCUGAUGAAAA